AUGGUGCCCACGGGCGGCGCCUGGCCCGCGCUGGCGCUGGCCGUGCGGGCGGCCAGCACCGCCGCCGACGCGCCGCCCGCGGCCGCCGCUGACGGCGCUCUCGCGGCGGGGCAGCUCGCGGCCGCCGCGAUCACCCUAGUGCGCUCGCUCCGGCCGCCCAAGUGGUGCGCGGUGAUCCAAGCCAACGGCCAGGUGCGCGUGUCCACCACUCUUCCCGACGAGGAAGCUCGCAUUGCGGCGAAGAAGGCUGCCCGGCUGCUGCAGCAGCGCUAUUCCGCCAACGUUGGCUUCAAGCGCUACCGGGUGGAGAACGUACAGGUGAUGUGCGCGUUGCCGUUUAAUGUGGACGUGGAGCAGCUCUCCGCGACCUGCCAGCCGGGCGCAGCCAGAGCUAUUCCGAUAGGGGGCUUGCGGGUAGAGCAGAGCGACGGCCAGGAGGCGCUGGUGUUGGUGGAGGGCCACGACGUGGGUGUGCGCGUGCAUCGAAGGGGCUCGAUGGUCGUCACCAAGGCGUCCUCGUUCGAGCAGGCUGCGGAAGCCAUGAAAGCGGUGGUGCCAGCGCUGAGCCGUUACGGGGUCGGCAGCCUCGGCGCCCUGGGCUUCCCGCGAGAUUGGCCGGCCGUCUACAGCAGCAGCCGGGCCCUCAAGUCGCUGGUGGGCAAAAAGGGCCGCUGCGCGGGGCAGCGGGUGUCCGUGGUGGGGGCGCCGGACGCCGACGACAGGGCGCGGGUCGCGGGGCUUCGCCUGCGGCCGCUGCAGAGUUUCGCCAACGCGCGGGAGAACUUCGUGGCGGAGCGCUACUGGUGGAACCGAACGGCCGACGGUUCCAGGUGGUUGGACUUCACCCCGCGGCCCGCGGCGCAGUCGUCGUUGCUGCUCGUGCAGAGCGCGGCGGGCGCCGCGAAGACGCCCUCGGCGUCUUCGGCACCCGACGAGCGGCUCGAGGCACAGCUGCGGCGAGCGCGCGGAUUCGACGGGGAGGCGGAGGGCCCCUGCGAGGCGGCGGGGGUGCCCUGCGGAGCUCCCGCGGGGGACGCCGCGGCAGCGGGAGCGCCCGCGCCUGUGGCGGACAGCGAGGAGCUCAGGGCGCUCAGGGCGGAGCUGGAGAGGGUCACCGCGGAGGCCGACGAGGCGUGCGCCGCGCUGCGCAGGCACCUGGGGCGCGGCCCCAGCCCCGCCAGGACGGGCCCGGCCUCCGGCCUGCGGGUGGGCGCGCUGGUGGGCGUCCGCGGCCCGGGGCCGCCCGCAGAGCAGGCGGCCUCGGGCGAGGAGUGCGGCCCCCGCGGCGUGGCGACCUCGUGGGACGCCGACCGCGGGCGGUGGCUCGUGCGCCUGCGCACGGGGGAGCUGCGCGCCGUGGCGGCCUCGCGCCUGGAGCUGGUGGACGGGGCGGAGGAGUCCCCGCAGCUGACGACCUUCGGCUGCGAGCUCUCAGGCGGUCUGCCGCCCGAGGCCGGGGGCGCCCCGUACCAGCUCUGGCCGCUGGUGUACUCCGGCCUCAUACGCGUGCGGGUCCCGGACGGCCUGCUGGCGCGGCUCAACGCGCAGCUGAACCUCAGCCAGCACCGGCUGCCCGAGGGCCAGGGCUGCGGCCGCCGCGACGGCGCCGCUGCCGCGAGCACCACGAGCUUCUUCUGGAAGGCCGACGCGGGCGCGGGCCCCGAGAGCCUGGACUGCCCAGGCUCUCUGGAGUGUGAGCUUGCAGAGGGGUACCUCUACGUGUUCCCCCAGUGGCUGCAGCACCACGUCUGGCCGUUCCGCGGGCCUGGCGAGAGGCGCACCCUCGCUGGCAACAUCGCGCUGCUGGACCACGCAGACGCCUGCCGAGUGGCCCAGGCCCGCUCAAGGGCUCAAGGGGCUCGGGGACGGCAGGCUGUUGGCCAGCCCGCCGGAACACAUUGGGAGUUGGAGGAGGGCGACGAUGGCAAGUGUAGUCUGCAUAUGGCGGCAUUUGCCUUGACCACCAGAAAGAAUUUCGAGCACCAAGCGAGUAUGAGAGCUUCAGGGUGUUUACGUGUCGGGCCCUGGGAGGCGAGACUCAUUCUGCACUUCGCCAGCGUGCCGGGCACACUCCUACGAUACGUUUCGGGGUGCUCGAAUUUGUUUCUGGGAUGUGGCCUGCAAAUGCGAUGGCAACAACAGAAGUAUAUGUUUGUGAAAAUAAAUACAGAAUGCGUGCAUCUCAUCACCCCCGCAGUUGUGGGUAACACUCGGUUUGCAGCUGGGUCGUCUGCAAGGCUCCAAAGAGGCCCGCCGCAGGCGCUGACUUGCACAAAGAGUCCGUCGCAUGCGCCGAAUUUUCGUCAAAAUCAUUUUGGUGGGUCGCGGGUUGGUCGCAAGUGA